GACUCUUAUGGCGUGAAACAGACACUGCGUUCGAGAGCCGCGUAUUAACCGACGCUGUUUUAAAUUCGCACUACAUCGAACCGCGUAACUUUCUUCAGGAUGCGAGAGACGUCGUGUUCGAGCAUACACGGGGUGCAUUGGUGAAACAUGACACUAAAAGUGAAUACCGCGUUUAAUGGAGAGUUUGUAGCGGGUGAUAAACGCUCGAACAAGACUAUCAGCACGAAGAACUGUGAAAUCUUUGGCGAGAUCAAUCUCGAAAAGUGGUAUGAGCAACGUAUCGUCAAACCCACCCUAGCAUCGCUGGAUGAAUUUCAAGAACGGGAUAGCGGAUGGGCGCUGUCGCGUAUACUCAAUCAUCUCCAUCAACGUCUACACCACUGAAGAAAAGAAGGUUCUACCGAUACGGCUCGCCACACGGAAGAUGGAGAGACAUGUCAAUUUACUGUAUUUAGAAGGAGCAAACGGCGUGGGACAUUUCGCGUGGAUCAAAAACUUGUCUCGCCUCGUGAGCUCACAAUUGAGUAAAAAGAAUCAUCGAAAAUACUUUUGCGAUAGAUGCUUGCACUACUUUAGUUCGAGUGAGAAGCUGGAAGCUCACACCGUAGAUUGCGAGAAGAUGAACGAAUACGCAAUCGUAUUACCAGAUGAUGAAAGCAAGUAGCUCAGCUUCAACAACUACAUCCGGAAAGAGCGACUUCCAUUUGUGGUGUACGCCGACCUCGAGUGCAUUCUGGAGAAAACUGAUCGAGAAGCACCAAGAUCCACAUACCAGUAUCAUAAAGUAUUUAGUAUUGCAUAUUAUGUUCAAUGCGCGUACGAUUCGUCCUUGUCGGUGUAUCAAUUUUUUCAUAAUUUGUCCGGUUACGAUUCGCAUUUUAUUAUCGAAGAAAUAGCUACAGCUUUCGAGGGUGCCGUCAAUGUAUUGCCGAUAAAAAAAGAAAAGUACAUCUUGUUCACAAAAAGUGUCGAAGAUCCAAAUGGACCGUCGCCAAAUUGUAUAAAAUUGAGAUUCAUAGAUUCAUACAAAUUCGGUGUUUUUCCGUACGAGUACAUUGACUGUGCCGAAAAGUUGGAGCAAUUAUGUUUGCCAUCGCGCGAAUCAUUUUACAGUUCCUUGAUGGGUGAUAUAGUAUCGGAGAGCGAGUACACGCACGCCGAGAACGUGUGGACACGGUUUUCCAUUCAAACGCUGGGCGAGUAUAGCGAUUUGUGUUUGAAAACAGAUGUCUUCCUGUUGGCCGAUAUUUUUAAAAAUUAUGGACUCGAUCCCGCGUAUUAUUACACUCUGCCCGGUUUUACGUAG